UUCGGUUACGGUUCAAAUUUUCGGUUUUUGAAUAAUUUUGCUCAGCCCUAGCCAAAUGCCAACUACUUCUCAAGUUCUCAUCACUAAUCAUCAAACUGCCCGCCAAAAGAAAAAAAAAUCGAAAUCUUUUUAAUAGUUUAUGCUUCUUCUUGCGACUACCGUUCAACUCCUCCCUUCUCAUCUCCGGCGCAGUUGUGCUUCAAUGACCAGACCUCAACGAUCAAAGCAUCGGAUUAAUUCUAAUUCCGACGAAAACCCAUCUCAAUCAAAAGUCAACUUUCGCGCUUCCAAGUCAAAAUUUAAAUUGAAAACCCAAUUAUCUCCAGAACGUCCAAUUUCAAACAAUUCUCAUAUUAAUUACCAGAAUUUGGCAAUUUUAGGGCCCGAUUUUUGCUCCAUUGAUGCUCUUGAUCUUGCUCCACUUCUUCUUGGCAAGUUUCUUCGUCGUGACGAUGUUAUACUUCAGAUAACUGAGGUGGAAGCGUAUAGGCCAAAUGAUUCAGCAUGUCAUGGUCGCUUCGGCGUUACAGCUAGAACAGCUCCUGUUUUUGGACCAGGUGGGCAUGCUUAUGUGUAUCUCUGCUAUGGUCUUCACAUGAUGCUUAAUAUUGUUGCUGAUAAGGAGGGUGUUGGGGCUGCUGUGUUGAUACGUUCUUGUGCUCCUGUUAGCGGUUUGACAACCAUUCAGCAGCGUCGUGGUCAGAUUACUAAUAAGCCUGUUCUUCUUGCUGGGCCAGGAAAGGUUGGACAAGCACUUGGAUUAUCAACCGAGUGGUCAAAUCAUCCCCUUUAUGUACCUGGCGGUUUAGAGCUUCUGGACGGGCCAAAGCCUGAAAAGAUAGUAGUUGGUCCUCGUGUUGGCAUUAAUUAUGCUUUGCCUGAGCAUGUAAAUGCAUUGUGGAGAUUCGCUGUCGCAGGUAGUCCAUGGAUUAGUGCUCCAAAGAACACACUUAGGCAUCCUUGACAGGAAAAUAAUUCUUAUGGCCCCUUCUGAUCACAUCAAUGUAUGUUGAGAGGACAAAAAUAAGCUUACACAUUCUGCUGUUAACCAACUAGGAAAGCACUUUUUGCCCUCCCUUCUGAGGGAGGAGGAAGUAAUGUAGUGUUUUUAUGUGUUUGUUGGUACAUACAUGAUAAAUUCGUAAAUAUUAAAAAUUAAUAUUGGUACCAUUAAGAUGUGAAAUGUACCAUUGAUAGUGGAAUAGUAAUAUCAAUGGAAUGGUACUAAAAAUUGUUACAAUGGUAUAUUUUUGAAGCUAAUAUGUGUACCACUAGAUUGUAAAAUUGUGUCAUUGGUAGUGUAAUGGUAUACUGUAUAAUAAUUGGUUGUAAUGGUACUAAAAUGACUACAGUAGUACAAUUAAAACUUGAAAAUUAAAGUAAUAA